AUUGUUUCCGUCAAGGAAGUUUGCUGAAAUUUUGAGUUUUCAAGGAAAGCCAGAGACAAAUUUCGGAUUAUUUUGUUCUCGGUUGUAAGGCAAACAACAAGAAGAGCUUGAACUGCAACAAUGGUGACCAGAACAGUGGAUCUUCGUUCAGAUACAGUUACAAAACCAACCGAGGCAAUGAGGGCUGCAAUGGCAACUGCUGAAGUUGAUGAUGAUGUCUUGGGUGCUGACCCGACUGCGUUCCAGUUAGAAUCAGAGGUGGCAAAGAUCAUGGGCAAGGAAGCUGGUCUAUUUGUUCCAUCAGGCACUAUGGGUAACCUCAUUAGUGUUCUUGUUCAUUGUGAUAUAAGGGGAAGUGAAGUCAUUCUUGGAGACAAUUCCCAUAUCCAUAUUUAUGAGAAUGGUGGUAUUUCAACAAUUGGAGGUGUACAUCCAAGGCCAGUGAAGAAUAAUAAAGAUGGAACAAUGGACAUCGAUUUGAUUGAAGCCGCCAUUAGAGACCCAAGAGGAGAGCUAGUGUACCCAACUACCAGGCUGAUUUGCUUGGAAAAUUCACAUGCAAACACUGGUGGCAGAUGCUUGUCUGUGGAAUACACAGACAAAGUUGGUGAGCUAGCUAAGAAGCAUGGUUUGAAGCUUCACAUUGAUGGGGCUCGCAUUUUCAAUGCAUCCGUGGCACUUGGAGUUCCUGUUCACCGGCUUGUGCAAGCUGCUGAUUCAGUCUCGGUAUGUCUAUCAAAAGGCUUGGGUGCUCCAGUUGGAUCAGUUAUUGUUGGUUCCAAAAGCUUUAUUACCAAGGCUAGAAGACUUCGGAAGACCUUAGGUGGUGGGAUGAGGCAACUUGGUUUCAUUUGUGCUGCUGCUUUUGUUGCAUUGAAGGAGAAUGUUGGAAAGCUUGAGGGUGAUCACAAGAAAGCAAAGGUGUUAGCAGAGGGGCUAAAUCAAAUUAAAGGUCUAAGAGUGGAUGUUGCUGCAGUGGAAACCAACAUCAUAUAUUUUGACAUAGUGGAGGGAUCAAAAAUCACAGCAGAGAAAAUAUACAAGCAUUUAGAGGAACAUGGUGUACUUGUGAUGCCAGAGGGCCCAUCCAGGAUGAGGAUUGUCCUUCACCACCAAAUUUCAGCAAGUGAUGUGCAGUACACUUUGUCAUGCUUUCAGCAAGCUUUCACUGGAGUGCAAGAAGAAAAUAGCAACUGAGUUAGAAAUUGCUGCUCCUCUAAUUACCUAAAGAUCAUUUCCUGAUUUUUCAAUGGAACCGAUUGAACUCAGGAACAUGAUCGAUCAGAUUAUAAUAAAUUACAGAUUAUCAUAAAUUAUGUUAAUCCAUUUGUAUUAAACUUCAGAUUCCAUCAUUGUCUCUUUGUAGCCUAUAAGGCUAUAACCUUUGUCAUACCUUGGCAAACUAAAGCACCAAGUUUAAUCUCAUAAUAAUAAAGCAUAGUUUUCUUAUAUUAGGUAAAAUUUUCUCUCUAUCUUACAUGAAAGAAUUGGAAUUGGCAAUGAAUCAUGCAGAUGCAAGGAUUUAGGGACCCUGGGGGCAUAUUAUCC